AUGGACCAAAUGACUCCAGUGGCUGGUGGAUUCUUCGUCUCUUCGGGCUUGAAAGUAUUGUGCGACCCUGCUUGUCCUGCGAGCGCUGCCCCCUCCUCCCCAUCCUUCUCCAUCAUCAUCAUUAUCAUCAUUCCCGUUCAGUCAUGGCUGGUAAAGAGAGAAGUAUACCGAAAGUACCAUGACCUAUCACGCAACCCUUUGGUAUCCGAUCGGUUCUAUUGGGUUUAUCGGUCAGCAAGUGGAAGGACGAAGUGUCUGGCACUUUUGGCCAUGGACAGUGUGGUGCAUCCCUCUCUAUCUGCAGCGAGCCACAGAGAGGCUUUGGUCACACUGCUUCUGUGGAUAUCAUGGUCUAUGCUCCGAUCUGACUUCGAUUCGGGAGCUGCUACGACGGAGUAG